CCGCGAUGCGAGCCCUGCCGAUCGUCGAGGUCGAGGAGGAGGACGAGCCCCGGCUGCCCGCCUCGCCUCGGCGGCCUGGGUCGACCGCCUCUGCUCCUGCGCCUCCGCCUGCUGCGCCGUCGCAGUGCGCCGCGCCGCAGUGCACGCGCCGGUCGCGGCACCGCUGCGCCGCGCGGUGGAGGAGCAGCCGCACGCAGCCGCCCGGCUGCGCCUUCCCGUGGGACGUCGGCCGGCUGCUCGCGAGGGCGGGUCCCGCCGAGCCGCUGCCGAUGGGCGGCGCGCUGCUUCGCUCGGCGCUUGAGCCCGCCGAGGCGCGGUGGCUCUGCCGGGAGAUGACCCGGCUCAGCAGGACGCGGGCGGGCGGGCCGCUGCUCGCCGCGGGCGGCGGGCUCGGCAACCGGCCGCGGGAGAUGCUCUCGUGGUGCCACCCCUUCUCGCGGCUGUCGAGCUGCGGCGAGAGGCCGACGCGCCUGCUCCGGUGGAGCGAGGAGCUGCUGCACGCCCUCGCGCCCGGCGCCGCGGCCGCCGGCGUCCGAGUCGACUCGCUGCUCGUGCAGGUCUACGCGGCGGGAGGCUCGCUGCUGCCGCACACCGACGCCGACCUCUCCUGGGGGCUCGGCGUCUCGCUCGGCGCAGAGGCCGUCUUCGAGUGCCUGCCGCGCGGCGACGGCGCGGUGCCGCAGACGAUCCGGCUGCGGUCGGGCGACAUCGUCGCCGGCGAGUGGGGCGCGCUGAGGCACGCGGUCCGGGUGCCGCGCGCGGCGGCGGCGCCGGAGUGGUGGGACGGCGAGGCCUUUGGGUGCGCGGCGGUGCGCUGCAGCCUGCUCGCCCGGCAGGCGCUGACGGCCGAGGAGCAGCGCGCGCUGGGGGAGGGCCGGGCGAGGCGGCUGUACGGCAUCGGGCUCGAGGAGCUGGCCCGCAGGACUGGCGAGGAGGUGCCUUCCCUCUGCCUGCGGCUGCGGCACGAGGCGGCGGAGUAGCGCCGGCGCGACCUGUUGUGGAAUGAAUGUUUAAGUGAAUAAAUAGAGC